AUGGCAAUGAAAAACUCCAGUGUUCUCAGUGAGUUUAUUCUUCUUGGGCUGUCUUCUGACCCUUCCAUUCAAGUCAUACUCUUUGUGUUGUUGCUUCUGAUUUAUCUCCUCACUCUGAUGGGAAAUUUCUUGAUGCUGCUGGUGAUCACAGCUGAUUCUCACCUCCACACACCCAUGUAUUUCUUCUUGAGACAACUGUCCUUCCUAGAUCUCUGCCACUCAUCUGUCACAGCACCCAAGAUGUUGGAGAAUAUGCUUUCUGAAAGCAAAACAAUCUUUGUAGACAGCUGCUUGGCUCAGGCCUUCUUUGUGUUUGCCACUGGUGGUACUGAGGCCUGUCUGUUGGCUGCAAUGGCCUAUGACCGCUAUGUUGCCAUCAGCUCCCCUCUGCUCUAUGGUCAGGUAAUGAGUAACCAGCUCUGUGUUGGGUUGGUGUGGGUCUCCUGGGGACUGGCCUUUGUUGAUGCGCUCAUCAAUAUCCUGCUGGCUGUUAAUUUAGACUUUUGUGAGGAGCAAACCAUUCCCCACUUCAGCUGCGAGCUCUCUUCUCUCUUCCCUCUGUCUUGCUCUGACACCUCUGCCAACUUCACCGUCCUGCUCUGCUCCUCUGUCUUGCAUUUCUUUGGAACCCUUGUCAUGAUCGUUUCUUCUUAUGCCCGCAUUGUCUCCACCAUCCUGAGGGUCAGUUCCACCACAGGCAGGAGCAAGGCCUUCUCCACCUGCUCCUCCCACCUCACUACUGUGAUCUUGUUCUAUAGCUCAGGUUUCAUCAGUUACCUCUUACCAACCUCAGGUUCCCCUCUGCAAAUGAUCUUCUCCUUGCAGUACAGUGUAAUCACACCUAUGCUGAAUCCCCUCAUCUACAGCCUGCAGAACAAGGAGGUGAAGGCAGCUAUGGGAAGAAUGGUCAGAAAAUAUUUUCAUCCUCUCAUGUAG